AUGGAGCGUGCGAUUCCCAAGUUUAUCGAUCCGGAAAGUAGAGUCAAAAUUAACGGUGAAUGCGAUUCCCAAGAGACUGAUAUGGUGUUCCUGGACACUCCUAUCAGUCAAACCAUUGCAUCAUUUACUAGGAUUAGCCCUCGGAUUAGUUUAGAGCCAAUGAUCACAAUAUUAAGCAGUGUUUAUCCAAUCAUACAAAAGGAUUCGUUUGGCAGUACUUUCUAUAUAUUUGAUAAAAUGAUAUGGAGAUCUGGUACUAAAGAUGAAAUACAAUUAAUCCGUUUGGGUCUCAACAUUACACCGGAAGAUACAUUAUCAAAUGCUCCCAGACUAUUUGCCAGUCAAAGGCUGCUUAAGGAGAAAAUAGUAACCAACAAAACCCAUAAAUCUGGUACUAAAGAUGAAAUACAAUUAAUCCGUUUGGGUCUCAACAUUACUCCGGACGAUAUAUUAUCAAAUGCUCCGAAACUAUUUGCCAGUCAAAAUGUGCUUAAGGAGAAAAUAGUAACCAACAAAACCCAUAGUGUACAGUGCAUUGGAGACUGGGAUAUAUGGGAGGUGGGCCUAUGA